CUAUUGUCCGUAGCAGACGUUGGCGAGUCCAAACAACAGCCGCUGGCUUAUUGUGAAUAAUAUUGUGGCGACUGUUGGGGUGGAGUAAUCGCCACUCUAGGAUAUAUACAGCCCUAUCCGUAUGCGUACCCUCUGUCGCGACCCAGUCGAACCCAAAAGCUAUGGCCUCGGCUAUAUUUUUCAAGGCGUACCUGACGCUGGGCCAAGGUCAAUCGCACUCUUGCCGGGAGUUGUACGCGCACGUUCAACACACCCCUACGAAGCUCCGUGCUUUGGCUCGCUUGAAUCAGGGAGCCUUUGCACUUCGAAAUGGCGAGAAGCAAGAGAGCCCGUUAAUUAUCGACGAUCCCGAUUCUUCUAUCCUUGGACGGGACCAGUUCUUCCGUCUCCUCGUUGAACUUCUCAAGGAUCCUCAGAUUCCGAUCUCCAGCUUGGAGCUGUCCGGCCUGAGCUGGUUCAAUGUCCCUGACGUAGGAUCGUGGCACGCUGCGCUCACAUCGUUCCCUAACGUUUCCUCGUUGUGUCUGCAAGACGUAAAAUGCGACGAAGUUCACUUUCUGGCUCUUAUUCGAUCGUUCCCAACCUUGAAGGCCCUGCAACUUGACGAGAAUCAAAUACGGGCGUACGAGGUGACAAGAAGUUUGGGCGUGGAGAACUUGGAGUCGCGAUUUGCGAGCAUCGAGGAUAUUCGUAAUGGCCAGCGGGGGCCGGAACUGGAGGCUCUUCAUAUUGGCAUUACCACCAUUUCCGACCAAAUCAUGAUCGACCUUUUCGUUACGCGGAACUCUCCCGUCGCCCUGCAUCAUUUGAGGGAGCUUGUUAUCCGGGACUAUGCCAAGUUUGUUUGCGACAUAAGCUUCGCUCGCCGUUUAAACAUGCUCCUCAAAUUGACGACCGACCUGUUUGAUCUCGACCUGGACAAUUUCAAUAUCACACGGUCUCUUCCCCCUCUGGACAUUCCCAACCUUCAUUGGUUCCGCUUCACCAUCCACUUGAACCACGCAUAUCAGAUGGACCAGGCGAUCUUUUGGUGGAUAAAUACGCUUCUCCAUCUACCAAGGGAAAAUCAGCUCAGGAUGAUCACGGUCACGGUGGAGGUCGAUACGGGGGGGAUACCCAGCCGUACCCCGUUCCCUCGUGACCUCUCUGCUUGGACGGCGUUGGAUCGAGCGAUGUGCCGUGACGAGAUCCAAUUGGAGGAACUCUUUGUCAAGGUUUGCGCGCCUGAGGACGAUGGGCGUAUCUUUCGCUGGAUAUGCACGCGAUGCCUUCCUGUUAGCCGCCAACGAUAUGUGUCGCGAUUCACUGGGGACAACCCGUGCUUUACCUUGUUGAAUGACCGCCAUCAGGUGGUGGAUCUGAAUGACUUUUUGUGACGUUGUAGAGGGAUGCAGAGGGAUUUGAAAAGUGGAUGGAAAAUAAGUAGAGUGAGGGAAUUGUGAGGAAAAGUUAACUAGUAGGGUUAGGGUUAAAAAUGCUUUGUAUGUUCGUGUUGUUUUGAAAUUGCUAUCGUGAUGUA